UGGACAUCCCUCCUCCGACCUCAAAGACCUGGAUAAUAUGGUGAUGCCCGUCUUCCACCAUUGACAUCUGUGAAUACGCUCGAUGGACAUUACAGUCGAAGAUGAUCUGAUUCCAGUGGUCAAAGAAUAAUAUAGAGAUGUCGAAGAUGAUGGAUAUAAAGUUGACACUCGGUCAUUAUUAGUCGACGUUCCAGGCAGUCGUCUUUCUCCCUGGCAGUAGCGAAGAGAUACACCAGCCAAGUGUCAAGGAACCACCGCGUCGAUAAUCCACGAUGAAAUCUAUAUUUACGCUCGCCCUAAGCUUGCUAUCGUUGGUCCAAGCUGCGCCUCCCACUGCGAAUGGCACACGCUUCUCUAUCGACGGCGAAACGCGGUACUUCGCCGGUACCGACUCGUACUGGAUCGGCUUCCUAAUCAACGACCACGAUGUCGACACUGUUCUAGACCAUAUCUCCUCCUCCGGCCUCACUGGGAACUGGCCAACGAGCCGUGCUGCAAGGGAUGUAGUACCGAUGCUAUCUACAAGUGGGCAACUGACAUCUCGGCCUAUAUCGGAAUACCCCUAUAUCCGCAGCUUGGAUCGUAGCCACAUGAUCACCCUCGGAAAUGAAGGGUUUGGACUCCCCGGGGCGACAAGCUAUCCGUAUCAACCCAGCGAAGGCGUGGAUUUCGUCAAGAACCUAGCCAUUAAGGACUUGGAUUUUGGCACUUUCCACUUUUACCCGCAAAGCUGGGGUCUGAGCAAUGCCGCCGGUGCAGCUUGGAUCAAAGACCAUGCUUCGGCUUGCAAGAAAGCCGGAAAACCUUGUCUUUUUGAAGAGUACGGCACCUCAACCGACCACUGCAACAUCGAGCGACCCUGGCAACAAGCCUCCCUGCAAGCUGUCACGGAGGGCAUGGUAGCUGACUUGUUUUGGCAAUGGGGAGAUAAGCUCAGCACUGGGCAGACACACAAUGAUGGGAAUACGAUCUAUUAUGGAUCAGCCGAUGCCAACUGCUUGGUCACCGAGCGUGUCAAGGCCAUCAACUUCUCCUAGACGUGCCGGCGUGGCUGUGCAAAACAGACCAGCCCCCGGGUUCUCUGCGAUAAUGCCGUGAUUAAUGGUAGCAAGAUCUCGAGUCGACGCGUUCCUACAGGAAACUCG